AUGGCCAAACCGGCUCCCGCAAAGAAAGGCGCAGCUGCCUCUGCGCCUGCUGCCACGUCAGCAGCAGCGACUGAAGCGGCAGCCAACCAGCAACUAGCCGCCGAUCUGAUGCAGAAAUGGGAGCGGCGAAACGAUCCUGUCGAGAUCGACGAUUCGGAGCAGCCGAAAUAUGUUCGCAAGGGACCAGCGACGUCGAAGGAGCUAGCCGCGAACAAGAAGCUGUACCAGAAGGUGGCCAACAGCCGCAUGACGCAGUUUCUGCUCAAGUCGGAGGAGCUAGCGAGGCGGCAGCAGGAGGAGGAGAUCCGCCGGCACUCCGCGCCGCUGCACGCGGAGGACAAGGGGCUCUGGAAGAAGAUGCCGCUCAUUCCCGCUCCCUUUGGCACGGGCAAGCUGGUGCGUCUAGGCCUGGCGGGCAACAAGGAGAAGGCGGGCAACGUGUUUCUCGACUUCUUCAAGACCUUCCACUUCGGCCUCUGGGGCUACCAGCAGCGCCCCUACCCCGCUGAGAAGCCCUUUGAUAUCCAGCAAGUCGUCGGCACCAAGUUCCUCGAGAAGAGAUACCUCGACUUCACCCUGCGUGGCAGCACGUGGUAUUACAAGGACCGCCUGGGUCGCACACGGGGGCCCUGCGAGGUGAUCAACCUGCGCACGGCAUGGGCCGCGGGGAUCAUUGACGGCAACACCUUCGUGUGGGGCGAUGACAUGGACGAGUUUGCCCCCAUUGAUGCCGUGUAUGGGCUGAAGCAGGCCAUUGACACGCCUGAUGUGCGCCUGGCCACGGCAGGCACGGCCAUGCUGCACCGCAUCGGGAGGGGCAUGAACCCGCUCAAGGUGAAGAAGGGCUUCGAGGGCAGCAAGAGGUCGCUGGAGGAGCGCCAGGCAGAGGCCCUGGCAGACAAGGAGCGGGAGCGCGCUGCCUUGAAGAACCACGGGGGAGCGUGGCCGGGCAACCAGGCCCCCUCGCACGCUCUCUUCCUGUGGGCUAGUGGGAGCGAGCUGACUAAGGUGCUGGACCAGAAGCCCAAGAAGUUUCCCAGCAAGUUCAUCUCCUACGAGCAAAGGAAGAAGCUGGCGGAGCGCAUCCCGGGGCUGCGCCCGUGGGAGGUGUUGGAGGUGGAGCAGCUCUUCAACUUCCUCACCUUCCGUGAUGACUUCUGGCGCAGCAAGCUCGGCACGUUUUCUACGCCGCCCGAGAAUUCCGAGGCUUAUGAUGAGGAGAUGAUGGAGGAAUGGGGAGAGAUCAAGGAUGCAUUGUCAGGGGCGUUUCCUGAGCUGGCCAGGUGA